AUGUCGCGCUCUAGACGCCUGCAGCGCAUGUCCAGCGCAUCCAGCUCCAGCUCCUCCAGCACCUCUCCCGAGCGCGGAGCCGACGACGACAAUGACUCUUUCAUGCUCCAGGCCAACGACUCGCAGUCCUCGCUCGGCAUGGACAUGUCGCCGGAGCAAUCACAGACCGAGGCCAUGAGGAGGGAGUAUGAGGAGCGAUGUCGAGUGUCACCUGUUCACCGGCUGCCAGCCGAAAUCCUCAUCAGCAUCUUCGCGCGUUUGACAUCUCCGCACGAUCUGCAGAUGUGUAUGCUGGUAUCGAAAGAGUGGGCGCGGAACAGCGUGGGUCUGCUAUGGCAUCGGCCAGCGAUGAGCAAGUGGGACAGCAUACACAGCGUGGUACAGAGCAUUCGGGCAGCAAAGAAGUUCUUCGCAUAUCAGGAGCUUGUCAAGCGGCUGAACAUGUCCACACUAGCGGGGCAAGUCAGCGACGGUACGCUCAUGGGCAUGAUCGAGUGCAAGCGCAUUGAGCGGCUGACGCUCACAAACUGCUGCAAGUUGACGGACUUGAGUCUGCAGCCGCUGGUGGAUGGCAAUAGGAGCUUGUUGGCACUGGACGUUACUGGUCUCGACCAGCUCACUGAUCGCACAAUGAUCACGGUUGCGGACAAUUGCCUACGGCUGCAAGGAUUGAAUGUCACGGGCUGCAAGAAGCUCACAGACGCGUCGAUUGUCGCUAUUGCGCGAAAUUGCCGGCACUUGAAGCGCCUGAAGUUCAACAACUGUGUGCAGCUUACCGACGUGUCGAUUCUUACUGUCGCAACUCACUGCACACAUCUCCUCGAGAUCGACCUCUACGGAUUGCAGAACCUCGAGAGUCCUUCCAUCACGGCCUUGCUUACCUCAUGCCCGCAUCUUCGCGAAAUGCGUUUGGCGCAUUGCUCACGGAUCAACGACUCGGCUUUCCUCGACAUUCCCAACGACCCAGAGCUACCUGUUACAUUCGAUUCUCUGCGCAUCCUCGACCUUACGGACUGCGGCGAACUGGGUGACAAGGGCGUCGAGAAGAUCAUCCAGUCUUGCCCGCGAUUGCGCAAUCUCAUCCUGGCCAAGUGUAGGCAGAUCACGGAUCGCGCCGUGUUUGCGAUCACCAAGCUUGGCAAGAAUCUGCACUAUAUCCAUCUGGGGCACUGCGCACGGAUCUCAGAUCUCUCGGUCGAAGCACUGGCCAAGGCAUGCAACCGGAUCCGAUACAUCGACUUGGCUUGCUGCAGCAACUUGACGGACAACAGUGUUAUGAAACUGGCAGGCCUCCCGAAGCUGAAGAGGAUAGGGCUGGUGAAGUGCGCUGGCAUAACGGACCGGAGUAUCUACAGCCUCGCCGUAGGUGAGGUGAAGAAUGGGCGCAAGGUGAACGGUGUGAGCGUUCUUGAGAGAGUGCAUCUCAGCUACUGCACACUCCUUACACUUGAUGGCAUCCACAUCCUCCUCAACAACUGCCCGAAACUCACGCACUUGAGCUUAACAGGAGUGCAAGCUUUCCUUCGUGACGAGCUCCUAGCGUUUUGCAGAGAGGCCCCGCCGGAAUUUAAUGAACACCAGCGGGACGUCUUUUGCGUGUUUUCGGGAACAGGCGUGGCGAGACUGCGUGACUUCCUCAACGAACAAAAGGCACACGCGGCGGCCGCGGCUGAUUCCGUGGCAUCAUCCGUGGCCGACGACAGUGACGCGAUCGACGUGGACAUCGACGACAACAAUCCAGAUUCUGAUGGCAGUAACACGCCGGUUGUCAAUGUCAACGUUCAUGGCAACUACCCGCACGGCCACACGCCUAUCAUACCAGGUCCAAGCUCAGCCGUCGGAUUUCAGGGCGUUAUACCUCCAAAUCAUGGCCAUGGAUCUGCUGGAGCGCUGUCGAAUCUCAGUCAGAGUGCACCCGCGACUACUGGGGGCGCGAUCUGGGCUGGCGGCGGCACACCUGUUGUCAUCCAGCACGGCGGUGGUGCGCAACAUGUAACUGGCAUGAUGGGCGCGACCAUUCUGGACGAGGUGGAAGGUGACGAAGCUUUCGGUGAGGGGAGCGAGAUUAUGGGUGAUUGA